AUGGCUAAGGUGUGGGAGGCCCCAACACCGCAUAAAGCCAAGGUGACUGCUUGGAGAUGUCUCAGAAACAGAUUGGCAACAUGCGAGAAUUUGAGAAGAAGAAAUGUCCAGAUCGGUGUGGAAGAGAGAUGGUGCAACGCCUGUAUUUCAAGUGAGGAGACGACGGAACACCUGUUCCUCCAUUGCCCGAAAGCAGCGGCGGUUUGGGACCAGAUUUUUCAAUGGCUUGACAUCAAAACGGCGAAUCCUAGAGGUAUCCUACAACACUUCAUCUCCUUCAUUUCUGCUGGAAAAAGGAAGAAAGAAAGGAGAUUACUCAAAGCGUUGUGGGUGGGAACAGUGUGGCUACUUUGGGAGAGUAGAAACGAAAGCCGAUUUCAGGGCAAGGUUUGGGAUAUUGAUAGACUUGUUUUACAGAUUAAGGGUAGACUCUGGAGUUGGAAUGAGGCUUACAAAGUUUUGGGGUUGGGAAUACCUUUCUCGUCAUGGUGUUCUAAGGGUUUCAAUCUUUCUUUAUUGUUUUGA